AUGUUUAAUGGAGGCGAGCUCUCUCCAGCCCGGAGACCCAGCAGCUGCCCUCUCGCGGUGCUGGUGGUGCUGCAGUGGGUUGCCAUUGCUGGUGUUUGCGCUUUUGUCUAUUUUUACGUCAACCUACAAAAGGAGCACAUCGAUAAACAAGUGGCCGUGCAGAUAAAGAACAUCACCGCGCCUUGUUGCCAGUUUGGUCUGACUGAACUCAGGAAUCAGGUGGCGGAAUCCGAUAAACCAGUGGCUCAUUUCACUGGACUCGCAGUUACAGGUGGUCAGAACAUUUCGCGACGCCUGCUAUUCGAGACCACGAGGGGCCAUGCCUUCAACACGUUAGGCAUGAAGUACGACCAGAAUGGCUACCUGGUGGUCCCCAGGAAAGGCUUGUAUUUUAUUUAUGCCCAAGUAACUUUCUACUGCUCGAGCCACUGCACUAAGCCCCCUCACCAGUUCUCCGCCUGCAUCCACAAGAGGACCAGACACUACCCCGAGCCAGAGGUGCUGCUGAAAAGCCAUGUCAGGCCACCUACCGACACGGACGGCUAUCUGAGGUUCUCCACCUACCAGGCCGGUGUCUUCGAGCUGUUCAACAAUGACAGCCUUUACAUCGAAGUCUACAAAGACCCGGCCUUCAGGGUUUCGGUGCAUGAGCAUGAAACCUACUUCGGAGCCUUUCUGCUGUAG